UGAUCCUGCCUGUGACAUCACUGGCCUGGCUUAAAUAAGAAGGCCUCGAACCGAUAGAUCAGGACCACUCUCCUGGGACUACGGCUUCUUCACUUGUGCCCCAUCUCCCCUCCAUCUAAACUGCAUCAUGACUGAUUUCUCUGCUGACCAAAUUGAGGACUUCAAAGAGGCUUUCGGUCUCUUUGACAGAGUUGGUGACGGCAAGGUUGCCUACAACCAAAUUGCUGACAUCAUGCGCGCUCUGGGACAAAACCCAACCAACAAGGAUGUCAAGACUAUCCUGGGUAACCCAUCCGCUGAUGACAUGGCCAACAAGAGAAUCGAUUUUGAUACUUUCAUGCCCAUGAUGAAGACUGUGGAUGCCCUCCAGAAGGGAACCUAUGAUGACUACGUUGAGGGUCUGCGCGUCUUCGACAAGGAAGGCAACGGCAAAGUGAUGGGCACUGAGCUGCGCAUUGUACUGUCCACAUUGGGAGAGAGAAUGUCCGAGCCUGAGGUUGACUCUUUGAUGCAAGGACAGGAGGAUGAGAACGGCUCUGUCAACUAUGAAUCCUUUGUCAAGAAUAUCCUGUCUGUGUAAGAAGCCCCCCUCUCCAAGGGAGUGGUGAGAGAAAGGUGGUGUGUCUACAGACCCCAUGGUGUCAGGACAUCAACUAUGAUUUCGAAGACCAACCGAACAACAAAAAAGGACUAUGAGAUAUAAUUUAUAAACACAUUAUCUCUUUUUUUGCCUUUUGACACAUUUUCUCUCUCUGGAAGUCAUCCCCCGAUGCAGUCUUUUGGACCUUACCUCUUUCCUUUCUGUUCGGCCCGGGGACAGCGUUCCACAGUUGGGUGGAAAUUGAGGGAUUAGUCACCGUCCACUCAUCAAGUGAGGGUGCGUUUUCUAUUCUCCUCGGCCUCCCGUGACACUCCAGCCGUGCUAAAGGCACGACACGUGGCCGCCGUCCCCAUUGCCCAGACCUCACACACCCAAGUUUCACAAUAAACUCUUUUUCCAAAAGUU